AUGACGAUAAAAAAGGUUAUUGUGGUAGGCGCAGGGCCAUCCGGCUUGAUUCUCGGGCUUCUUCUAGCCAAACAAGGCAUUGAGGUAGAAUUAUUAGAUGCCGGUGCAGAGCUUGAUAAACAACCUCGCGCAGCUCACUAUGCAACCCCGGCCGCUUAUGAAUUGGCACGAGCCGGAGUCCUUGAUGAUGUCAGGGCUGUAGGGAUAAACUGCAAGAGUUUUGCGUGGAGGAAGAUGGACACCAGCUUCAUUGCCGGGUUGAAACACGAUGUGCUGCCAGAUGACUAUCCAUAUAGGAUGGUUGUUCUUCCCCUGGAUCGCCUGGGGCAGUUGCUUUAUGAACACAUCCAACGGCAACCGACCGCUACAGUGAAAUGGUCGCAUCGCGUCAUACGGGUUGGCCAGGAUAAUGACAAAGCCUGGGUAGAAAUUGAGACGCCUACAGGUACACAGACUUCAGAGGCAGACUAUGUCAUUGGUUGCGAUGGGGCUAGCAGCACCGUGCGACGAGAACUGUUCGGUCCUGAGUAUCCUGGGGAAACUUUGGAUGCGCAAAUUAUUGCCACAAAUGUAUAUUAUGACUUCAGUCGCUUCAAUUACUGGGACAGCAAUUUUAUUGUCCAUCCAAAGAACUGGUACAUGGCAGCUCGAAUCACAACCGAUGGGUUGUAUCGCGUCUCUUAUGGAGAUAUUCCAGGACUCACUAGAGAAGAAUAUCUUGCACGGCAGCCCCAGCGGUAUGAGGAGAUUCUACCCGGUAACCCCAAGCCAGGCGAUUAUAAGAUCACCAACAUAAGUCCCUAUAAACUGCAACAACGAUGCGCGCCUUCUUUUCGGGUCGGUCGAGUCAUCCUAGCCGCGGACGCGGCGCAUCUGUGCAACCCAUUCGGGGGUCUGGGAUUGACCGGGGGUAUAGCUGAUGUUGGCAGUCUCUACGACUCCUUAAUGGGAAUCUACAAUGGCUUAGCAGAUGACAGCAUCUUGGACAAGUACAGUGAAAUUCGAAAACGCAUUUGGACAGAGACUAUUGAUCCGAUGUCACGCGAAAAUUUUCGUAGGCUGCACGACCAAGAUCCGGACCAGGCUCGUGAGAACGAUGAAUUCUUCCAAACGUGCCUUCAAGCCGAGACAGAUGAAGAUCUUGCGAAAGAGCUGGCGCUGGGCUUGGAGGUACUGCGACAUGAUAUGACACAAUAUUAUCACAAAUAG